AUGUUGAGUAAAGCAGUCAGAACAACGCUUCUGGCUCGGCCUAGAACAACGCCCUCACUCUCUGCAACCGGUCAUCGCCAUGGAUCUUCCAGUACCCACCACGACGAACAUCGUGGCGAGCACGAUAACACAGUGUACCCCAAAGAAGGAUUUUUUUCACCCGCUUGGAGGAAUGGAGUCCUUGUGUCCGUGCUCGCGCUCGCUGCAUGGCAAUACGCGCCAGAACCCAAUGACGAAGCCUAUCUCACACGGUGGAUAAUGAUGUACAAAACACCGAAAGAGAAGUGGCUAGAGAUGAAUGCAACCCACGCCGCGCAGUCAAGGGUGGUUGCGGAGCAAACGAAGUUGUUUGACUUGGGUGUUGCGCCCCCGGUACAUCGCCUUCGAUUCCCUCAAAUAAUUGACCAGGGAUCUCCAUUUUGCAAUGGUAUUGGAAUGAAUGUGGACAUGAGCAACGUGAAGGUGAAAAAGGAGGGAAAGUAG